AUGAGGAUCGGUUGUGUUCAGUUCGCGCCGCAGGUCGGCGAUGUCGACAAUAACCUCAACCGCGCCGAUGCUGUCCUGAGCAGAGCGAAUCCCGAGGAACUCGAUCUUCUGGUCCUGCCUGAAAUGGCCUUUUCAGGCUACAACUUCAAGUCCUUAGAACAUAUCGCACCAUAUCUCGAACCAUCCGGCUCCGGAAUCACGGCAUUAUGGGCUCGCACCACUGCACUGAAGUACAACUGUAUUGUCGCUGCUGGGUACCCGGAGAAAGUUGACCCUUCACCCAAAUGGCCAACCGGCCCUGAGUAUUACAACUCUGCAAUCAUUGUCAAUGGAGACGGCGAGACGGUUGCAAAUUAUAGGAAAAGUUUCCUGUAUUACACCGAUGAGACAUGGGCGCUGGAAGGUGAUACUGGGUUUUUCGAAGGAUACAUCCCGGGCCUUGGCCACACGUCGAUGGGCAUCUGUAUGGACCUGAACCCCCAUAAGUUUCAAGCACCUUGGCACGCCUUCGAGUUUGCCUUUCACGUCCUCGAGUACUCCUCCAACUUCGUCAUUGUCUCUAUGGCCUGGAUGACACGCGAGGAUAGCAGGAUGUUCAGUCGUAUGCCUAACGAGCCUGACAUGGAGACCUUGACCUACUGGGUCACCCGCUUGGAGCCCCUCAUCAGGGCUGAGAAUGAUGAGGAGAUCAUUGUUGUGUUCUGCAACCGUACAGGCACUGAAGACGAAGCUGUUUACGCCGGGACGAGUGCAGUUGUUGGGAUUCAUGAUGGCGAGGUCAAGGUCUAUGGCCUGCUUGGUCGAGGAGAAAAGGAGCUUCUCGUGGUCGACACCGACAAUCCUCCGUACGCCAAGCUCCUGUACCGCCCGGAUGCCGACAGUUCAGAACCGGCACAAGGCGAACUACAGAAGAUGUCGCAAUCGCCAGCGCCGGGACAAAAACCGCCAUCAAACUCUCGAGAGGCGCAGUCUUCGCCAAAGGGCGAGGAUUCGAAGGAGCCAUUAUCGUCAACCAACCCUCCCACUUCACAAGCCGCCAUCGGUAGUGCCAUGAACAACACGACGGCGACAUCUUCGAAACGCACGAGACCGAGCCCGCAGAUUCAAAUCCCUCAGUACCCCCAACGCCGAGAGCCAGUCUCGGCCACAUCAGCAACAUCAGCCAAAUCCACUGGUUCCCAUGACAUACCAACACCGACUGCACCGAGUCCCACUCCACAGGCUGUUCGGCCUAAAUUAAUCAUUCCGCAGUCGCCGCCAUUUGGCAGUUGGGCGGAAGCCAAUAGCCCGCAACCUAUGACUUUCUCCCUCGAUCGAGCGCGCUCAGAGCUGCAACAAGAAUACGAGCGGCGGGCAUCUGGGUCGUCGAGCGGAUCCGGCAGCCCUCCGGCCGCCGCCAUGCAAGACUUUGAAGCUGUCGAAUCUGUUGUUUGCCCCAACUGCCCUGUCCACGGUGCACAAGUGUCAAUCAGCCCUGGUUCUGCCACAGAUGCUGCCGUCGGACAGGACUCGUCCCCCGGUUCCGAAGCCACCGUCGCAGGGCAUUCGCCUCUGCCCCGUACAAGUGAUAUUGAGCGAACCGCGAGUCAGGGUUCUCAAAUCACGCCGGACGGUGUUGCCUGUAGUGACUCUGGUUCACUAGCCGAGACUGUUGACACAGUUUCAACUCCUGGCCGCUCGCCGUCGACUCCAUCUUUUGAGACUCGAACACCGAAAGCAGAGGUGUUCGUCAACGAUGCAGAAGCAUCAUUCGAGGACGAAGCCAUACGACAUCCAAGUUCAGAAUCCAAGGGGGUUUCCCCUGACGCUGUAGAACGGGAUAUUUUGAGGAUGGCCACAGCCCCCAACGGCGUGGCCGUCUAG